AUGCCCACACCUGAAGAUCGUGAAAAAGGCCAACCUCUAGCAUACCCAGAAGCUGUUCUCUUGAUCCAUUCUAGCAAGCCUCAGCUUACUGGAGAGGUGGAUGACAAGUACCAAUACUCCAUGGAACACAAAGACAGCAUUUCAGAUUGCUCUGCUGCUGAAUUUUUCAUUCCUGACCCUAUGCCUAAUCUCAUAAAUAAAUUAUUAGUUGGUAAACCAAGUCAUACGUUUAGACAAUAUAGAUUAUGGGAUCGAUACACUGAUUUAUUUCCUACCAAUGAUCUCGUUCACAAUGUGGCCACAGACAAUUAUAGUAAAGACCGGUUCUUUGCUCACGUUCCUAGGCGUACAAACAAUAUGAAUCAACCAACCACGUGGCAGAUUAUUUUUGAGCUAAAAAAUGUGAUUCAAAAUGGAAAUUAUACGCUCCAAGCAGCCCUAGCAGCUGCCAAUAGAGCAGAUUUGCAGCUUCCAGAAGAAAAUGAAAAACUAUUCUCCAUGUCUGUACUUGGGGAUAUUUGGAUGCAUAUGGCUUCCAAAUAUCAUGCAAGUGAGUUUUUGUUCUCGAUUAACAUCACAGAGGUGGUGAUCGAUAAUGGCAUUGUCGAAGUUACUCUAUCAAAACCGAAGGGUUUUGUGACAGGAGUAAAAUAUAAAGGAAUUAAUAAUGUACUUGAUAUCCAAGAUUCAGAAGAUAAUCGAGGGUACUGGGAUGUUGUCUGGUACAAGCCAGGAAGGGUUGACAUCUUUGACAGGAUGGAAGGAACAAAUUACACAGUUAUAAUGGCAGACGAAAACCAAGUGGAAGUUUCAUUCACCAGAAGAUGGGAUGUUUCUAUUGAUAGUAACAUAGUUCCUCUCAACAUAGACAAAAGGUUCAUAAUGCGGCGUGGAAGCUCAGGAUUUUAUGCCUAUGCUAUAUUAGAACGUUUAGAAGGAUGGCCUGAUGUGAAUAUGGAUCAAAUUCGGAUUGUUUUCAAACUUCAAACUAACAAGUUUAACUACAUGGCGAUAUCGGAUAAGAAACAAAGGAUCAUGCCAACACUUGAAGACCGUGCAAGAGGCCAACCUCUAGCAUACCCUGAAGCUGUUCUCCUAACUCAUCCCAGCAACCCUCAGCUUACUGGAGAGGUGGAUGACAAGUACGAAUACUCUAUGGAACACAAAGAGAGUAAGUUAUAUGGGUGGAUAUCAGAUGAUAAAUCAGUAGGGUUUUGGAUGAUCAGACCAAGUGAUGAGUUCUGUAAUGGUGGACCAAUCAAACAAGACUUGACUUCUCAUGCUGGUCCUAUUGUUCUAUCUAUGUUUACAAGCACUCAUUAUGGUGGGAAGGAUAUCAAUACACAAUAUCGAAAAGAAGAGCAAUGGAAAAAGGUUUUUGGGCCUGUCUUUAUUUAUCUCAACUCUAAUAGGGCUAAUGGAGCUUAUAAAACACUUUGGAAAGAUGCUAAAAGACAGAUGUCAAUAGAAGUGGAAAGUUGGCCGUACGAUUUCCCUCAAUCGAAAGAUUUUCCUCAUUCAAAUAAUCGAGCAACUGUUGAAGGCCAAUUGAUCAUACACGAUGAAGGUGUCUCAAAAUUGGCAAGUUCUGCACAUGUAGGCUUAGCAGCCCCAGGAGAUGCAGGCUCUUGGCAAUUUGAAUCCAAGGGUUAUCAGUUUUGGACAAGAGCCAAUAAGAAGGGAUUCUUUUCAAUUAAAAAUGUCAGAGCUGGAAUUUAUAAUUUAUAUGCAUGGGUUCCUGGUUUUAUUGGAAAUUAUAUGUACAAAUGGAGAAUUUCCAUUAAACAAGGAAGCAAGAUAAUACUAGGUGUCCUUAAGUAUAUUCCUCCAAGAAAUGGUCCUACGCUUUGGGAAAUAGGCAUUCCUAAUCGGUCUGCUACCGAAUUUUUUAUACCUGAUCCUAAGCCUACACUCGAAAAUAAAUUAUUCAUUAAUAAACCGCAUGAUAAGUUUAGGCAAUAUGGAUUAUGGGAUCGGUACAGUAAUUUAUUUCCUUCGAAUGAUCUCAUAUACCAUGUAGGCAAAGGCAAUUAUACUCAAGAUUGGUUCUUUGCUCAUGUCCCCAGGCGUAAAAACAAUAUCAUGCUUCAACCAACCACAUGGCGAAUUAUUUUUGAGCUGAAAAAUGUUGUCCAAAAGGGAAAUUAUACACUCCAAAUAGCCUUAGCAUCCGCCAAUAUAGCUGAUAUACAGGUGAGGGUCAACAAUCCAAGAGCCACAAGACCAGUAUUCUUGACAGGGCAAAUAGGGAGGGAUGAUGCAAUUGCAAGACAUGGAAUUCAUGGACUAUAUUGGUUAUUUACCAUUAACGUUCCUAGUUCUUUUCUUUUUAAUGGACCCAACACAAUUUAUCUUACUCAGUCCAAAGCUUACUCUCCUUUUUGUGGUGUAAUGUAUGAUUAUAUUCGCUUUGAAGGACCACCAAAAAUUAAAAUUGUUAAUUGA